AUGCUGCUCCUCACCCUCCUCCUGCUCCUGGAGCUGAGCCUGGCAGGCUCCCUGGGACCCGGAAGCUCUGCUCAGAACCUCCCAGAGAAUCACAUCGACCUCUCGGGACCAGCACUGUGGACGCCUCAGGCCAGCCACCACCGUCGUCGGGGCCUGGGCAAGAAAGAGCGGGGCCAAGGCACACCUGGCUGGACCCAGGAUGGGGCUGUGGUCACUGCCACCAGGCAGGCCUCCAGGCUCCCAGGGGCAGAGGGGCUGCUGCGUGGGCCGAGUCCUGCAGGUCUGCUGCAGGACAAAGGUCUGCUCCGGGGGCUGACUCGGCCCUACCCCGAGAAAGAGAGCCAGGCUCCAGGGUCAGAGAGGGUGAAGAAACGAGGCAGGGAUCACAAGAGACGGAAGGAGAGAUUGAGGCUGCACAGAGGCCGAGCCUUGGUCAGAGGCCCCAGCUCCCUGAUGAAGAAGGUGGAGCUCUCAGAAGACCAGUCCCCAGAUGCUCUGAUGGAGGAAUCCUCCACCAGCCUGGCCCCCACCAUACUCUACCUUACCACCUUUGAGGCACCUGCCACUGAAGAGUCCCUGAUCCUGCCGGUCACAUCCCUGUGGCCCCAGGCUCACCCCAGGCCUGACGGGGAGGUGAUGCCCACACUGGACAUGGCCUUGUUCGACUGGACUGACUAUGAAGACUUAAAGCCUGAGGUCUGGCCAUCCACAAAGAAGAAAGAGAAACACCGCGGCAAACUCUCCAGUGAAGGGAAUGAAACAUCGCCGGCUAAAGGCGAGCCCUGUGACCAUCACCAGGACUGCCUGCCAGGGACCUGCUGCGACCUCCGGGAGCAUCUCUGCACGCCCCACAACCGAGGCCUGAACAACAAAUGCUUUGACGACUGCAUGUGCGUGGAAGGGCUGCGCUGCUACGCCAAAUUCCACCGGAACCGCAGGGUCACCCGGAGAAAGGGGCGCUGCGUGGAGCCCGAAACGGCCAACGGCGACCAGGGGUCUUUCAUUAACGUUUAGCUGCCCGCGCGCGGCGCCUCCGCACCGGCCUGGGGACUGAGCUCCGGAGGUUUGGAGAAGCCGGGCAGUUUGUUUAUAACUAGCGGUGGCAGAUCAAAUGCGGGACCAGCUGACUGAGGCUGCAGGCUCAGAUCCAGGACGCUCUGUCCCGAGCACUGGACGAACUGCCCCUCCCCAGCAGCCGAGCAGCAGCACACCUGCACCCACCCCAGGGCGGACGGGAGACCCACACUGCCUGCGCAUCCCGGUGUCCGUGUUCUCCGUGUUGGCAAUGUCGAGAGUGCCCUCUAUCGUCCGACAGCAGCACUGCAACGGUUUCAAGUUUCCAAAGGAAGAGGCUUUUGAGCUGGAAAAGAAUGGAAACUUCUGGAGAGACUGGGGAACCAAAAGGCGGGAGAUGAAUACCGAAGCACCUCCUAUGUACCAGGCACUGUGCUAAACGCGGGCCAUACGUUAUCUCGUUUAUCACAUGACCUUUUAAAGUAGGCAUAAUCACCAUUUUACAAGUGAGGAAACUGAGGCAGGCUUAAAUGAUCUUGUCCAGGGUCCCAGGUCAAUGCUCCUCAAACCUUCACCUUGUGUAGGAAUCCCCAGGGAUCUGGUUAAAAUGCAGAUUCCAAUUCAGUCGAUUCUGCAUUUCUAACAAGGUUCAGGGAUUGCUGAUGCUCCUGGUGACCCGGGACCCCACUGAAAGCACCAGGUCCCGAGGAGUCAGGAGUGGAGCCCGCAUCUGAACGUGGGUCUGCCCAGCUCCAAGGUUCACAUCCUUGCUCUUCCACAACCAAGGACUCAUUCCAAGUUCUCCAUGGCUUUUGGUGAGAGACACGCAUUCCCUGGUGGUUCCUUUUGCUGUGGUGAAGGCUGGAAUAACAGACAAUUCUCUUCCUUCUCUGGACAAAAGUGUAUCGUUUAAAAGAAAAAGAAAAAAGAAAACGUGCAUUAAGCACCUGCUUGCUUACAAGGCAGGAUUUGGGCAGAUUGGCGAACUGGUGUUCUGAGACUGGAAGUGUUUAAGGGAAACGGUAAAGCUGUUCCUUAUGUCUAUGGCCCUGCUCACCCCAUCCUGGGAUGUGUACUUUGGAGGGGCCUGAAAGCUGCCACCCCAGGGGUUCUUUGGCUUUUGGAGUUCAUGACCUUUGAGAAUCUAAUGCAAGCAUGGACUCAAAAACACACAUUGCCAGUUGGCACCCACUUUGUAUACGUCUUAGUGGUUCUAGGUCCCCCAGAGACCAUCCCAGGUCUAUAGGUCUACACUUCUUCAACAGAGUGUACUGAGGAGUUGGGGACAUCUAACUGCAUCCAUCACAGACCACCUAAACACCUUUCUGAGCUGAUGUGACUCUAUAGUGGCCACCUCAGGAGAGUCACUUAAAUCCCUCCACCUGGCAUCUCACUCCUGACCAACCCUCAGGUCCAAGGCAAACAAGGUUGCAAACCUUCCCUCUCCAGAUGCCUCGCUGGCCUGGACCGCAGCCGGAGGGACCACACCCACAGGAUGCCAGGGCUGUUUACUCCAUUGGGAAAAUCAGUUGGGGUCAGGGGUAUGGCACCGAGGAAGGCAAACAGAUCUAGAAGAAACCAAAUACACCGGCUCUUUUCUCCUUAUUCAAGUUCAGAGGCAUGGGAAUCUUAGGGAGGGGAGGACCGCAAGAGAUCAAAGCCGGCUAUUUGAAAAUUGAAUCCACCUGCAGUCUUGUCUGUUUGAGACCAGACAAGGCCUGUGCUGUGUGCCUCAUAUGGGGUGGCCGAUUUGAGGUCAUGAUAUAACCCUAGCAGGGGUGGCUGCAGGCAGAGAACCCAGAAUUGCUUUCAUCUGGUGGUGGUGGGGAGGUGUGUGGCGAGCAGUGCUGAGGGUGGCCCUGGCCAUCAAUGAUGGAAACACAAAAAAUUAGGACAAAGUGGAAGGCUCAGUGGAGCUAUCAGUGCCUACCAAGGGAGCUCCAUGGCUAGAAAUUCAGGGCCUAUGGCUUUGCCCUAGCUGCUUCCAUUUUGCAUUUGCAAAGGCAAAGUGAGUGGAAUUCUCUUAACUCCAGAGUUAGGGGUCCCAAGGCCCUCUCUGUGUUUAACAGACCUCUCUGCCAGAAGUACUUCCUUAGGUCUGCCUUAAAUUUCUUUUGCUGGUGCAUAAGCCAAUAUCCUUGAAUCCAGGGUUCAACAAACUUAUCAUAAAGGGCCAGAUAAAUAUUAAUAUUAUAGGCUGUGUUCCAAUGAAGCUAUUUAUGAACACAGAAUUUCAGAUAAUAUCACUUGUCACAUAUGGUUAUUCUUUUGAUUUUCAUUUUAAAAUGUGAAGACCUCUUAACUUGCAGACUACACAGAAACAUGCAGUGGGUUGUACUUGGACCCCAGGCCAUGGUUUGCCAAUCUCUGCUUUAAUCUGCUGGUCUCAGCCUUGGCUGCACAUUAGGACAGUCUGGGGAACUUUCAAAGGUGCCUGAGCCCACCCGCGAAGAUUCUGGUUUAAUCGCUCUGGGUUGUGUCUGGGCAUUGUACUUUUGCAAGGCAUCCGGGUGGCUCUAACGUGUCACCCGAGCCCGGGUCUGGGACCCCUGCCCUCAUCCUCCUACGGGAGUGCAGCUGCUGACAAAUGGGCUGCUCCACCACUCACUACUUUGGUGACCCUGGGAGACUUCAUUAAGGUCUCUGUGCCUGGAUUUCUUUAUCUGUAAAAUGGGGCUAAUCACUCUUCCUUCAUAGGGGUGUAGUGAGAUGUAAAUACAAAAUCCUAGCAACAUGCUUGCUACAGUGCCUGGCACAUAAAAAGCCCUCAGUUAAUUUAUUUUCUAGGAUGAUUUUAGCAGCUGUUCUGUUUUUUGGCAGUGAUCCAUCAUGUACUCAGAAAUCAGUUCAAAGUCACCAUUCAGGAUCUUUCCUCAAAGCAUGUUCCCUGGAACACUGUGAGAUGCUCCCUUAGGAAAGAGGGGAUGGGGUUCUGUGGUCAAAGAGGUUUGGAAAACUGUUCUGGACUCAGCCCGAAGCAGCAUGUACAGUUUCUGUCCACUAAGGCAGAGCUGUGGAUGUCAGCGGCUGUGCAACAACAGGAUCAGGAGUUUCUAAAUAUAUCCCCCUCCUCUCCCUGAGGCUGGGAAGAGCUGAGCAGGAGGCCAAGUGGAAACCAAUAGCUACUGGGACGGUCACCUGUGCCCCCUGCAUUCCUCCUGAGGGAGCUUUCCAGCCAUUCCCCAGAGAUACUCACUGUUCCCACGGGGCUGCCUUUCCGUGACUUGUCUGGUGAUGCCAAGAGUGGCUCCUGAGCCUGCCAGAGAUGGGCGAAGGGUCAGAGGACAUGAGAACCAUGCCACAUGGGAAUGUGACAGCUUCACUUGCCCCUUGAGGAGUCACUGAGCCAUACAUCAUGUCCCGAAGCCAAGACCCCUUCCACCACCUAGAAGCUACAGGUGGAGUCUUUGUUGCUAAGUCACUCAAUCGUGUCUGACUCUUUGGCACCCCAUGGACUACAACAUGCCAGGCUUCCCUGUCCUUCACCAUCUCC